UAAGCGAACACAUACCAUCGGUCAUCUUUCUUCCAUAACAAACAAUACGCUACAGUUGUGUCAUGAGAUUGAGACGCUUUAACUCUGAAACAUAAACAUUGAAAGAAUCAAGUGAAUUCGAUUCGGUUACUUUUUGAUAUUCAACCACACAUGCGAGAUUAAGAUUUAAAUUUUUAAACUUUCUUAAGUGUACACUAUUAAAAAAGAAAUUCACGUUGAGAAGGACUGAUAAAAAUUGAAAAAGUUAAGGAUAUUCAAAACUUGAAUUAUUCAUUAUGGAAAAAGCUUCAAUUGAAGAUAAUACUCCUGAAAAAACAACCUUACCCCAUAUUUCUGAAGAAAGCCUCAUGAGUCUAGAAAAAUUGGAUCGAGCAUCACCUGAUUUAUGGCCAGAACAAGGGAUAUCGAAGUUCAUUGUUGAAAAUUCUCCUCAAAAUGAAUUCCCAUCUUGGACAAGUAACCUCAAUAGCGAAGACAUGAAUAAUUUGUAUUUAUUAAGUAGCUUAUCUGUAAAUGAGUUAAUUAUUGAAGUUAAAAAACUUCAUGAUUCUGCUUAUCAACUUGGUUUGGAAGAAGCUAAAGAAAUGACAAGAGGAAAGUAUUUAAAUAUAUUCAAAAAGAAUUGAACGAACAUGAAGUUAAUUGAAUUAAUAGGAAUAUUUUGAUACCAUAGUACAAAUUAAAUUAAUUAGUUCUGGUCAUUUAACUAAAAUUAGUUCUACAAUCAAAAUAAAUUUAAAAACAUUAAAUUAUUAUAUUAACACUAUCAGUAUAUUAUGAAUUUUAUUAAUCAAUUUAAUUGUUCAUGUGGUCAAUUGGCAUUAACGCUGUCAAUUUUAUAAUUUGUACAUUUUUUCUAGAAUUGACUUGUUUAUGUUAAAAAUGUUAUCCAGUUCAAUUAUAGUCGAUCGAUAUUUAUAUUUUUCAAAUAAUUUCAUAUGCUACAUAAACAAGUCACUAUCAAUUGAUAGUUAAUUCAAGAAAG